AUGGAAUCUUGCAAGAAGCCGAAUGAGAUAGAAAUCACAACACCAGUUCCCGAGACCGGGGACCAAGUCCUAACCUUCUCCAUCCUCUUCAUCGUCCUAGCAAUCGCCAUGGUCCCAGCUAUGAUCGGCUUCGCCAAGGCGGUGCAAGACGGAGAAACCGGCUCUACAUCCGAUGCCGACUUCAACAUAGUCAUCCGCGACACCAUCAUGACGAUUCUCGGCGCAACACUAUCAGCCGUUCAGCUAUUCAGAUGGCCGCGCAAAACCAGCGCGUACAAAAUGGCCUGGGUAUUCUCGGGUCUGGCCAUUUCACUCGGCGUCACAGCCAUCAUUGUGUAUCCGCUCGUCAACAAGGCAUACAGUUCGCUUUGUGGAUUUUUCGCACAGUUCUUUUCGGUGGCGUCGUUGGUGAUUUUGGUGUUGGAGGGGCCGGCGUCAAGAGGGAAGGGUGCGCUUCAUAGUAGGACGGAGAAGGGCGGCCCGAGUAUAAUGAGUAAAGAGAAGAAAACAAGGUAG